AUGAUCUACGUGACAACAUUUUUAUUACGUAAAACUAGUGUACAGCUCAGGGGUGUAACGCUAAGCAACUGGCCGUAUGUGGACCGGUAUCGAGACAAAGACGGACAGAUAGCUUACGAUGGGUUUGCCAUUGAGGUCAUAGACCGCAUCUCAAAGAGUGCCGGCUUUGACUACGACCUCUACGAAGUACCCGAUGGCAAGUAUGGCGUCUACGACAAUGAAACCGGUCGUUUCGAUGGCCUUAUUGGUGAACUGGUCGCUAAUAGAGCCGACUUUGCAGUGGCCGACCUGACCAUUAACGAUGAGAGGCGCGCUUUCGUCAACUUUACCGAACCAUUUAUGACGACAAGUUUGGCCGCUAUUGUCCACCGCAAACACGCCGAUCACAUCCUCUCAUUCGUCGAUCUGUAUCAUCAGUCUGAGGUCAAGUACGGUGUAAUAGAUAAUUCGGCCACUGCUCUGUUUUUUCAUAAUUCACGGGACGAUAUACUUCGYAAAAUGUAUGUCCAAAUGACACAACACCCGUUCGGCUUUGUGGCCACAAAAGAGGAGGGACUAAAAAUGGUUAACGAGAGUAACUAUGCGCUCAUUACGGAAUCGGUUACUCUGGAGUACUUGUCUAACAUACAGUGCGAUUUGGUGAUCGUCAACGAUACUAACAGUGACUUUCGUGACUUUCAGCGCCACUACGCCAUAGGUCUUCGCCGGGGAUCACAGUAUUUGAAUGCAUUUAACUUUGCCAUCGAUGAGCUCAAGAAUAGCGGAGAAUUGGAUCAAAUUAGAGAUAGUUAUUGGGUUAAUGAAUGUGUGGAACAAACAGAAGAGUAUGAAAUAAACGGAACAUCCAAUCGGUUGACACGUGUUGGCCAAGUGUUGAUACUUUUGAUGACAUUAGUGAUGACAUUAUUUAUUAUUUAA